AUGGAUUUCAUUUCUAAUAUUGCUAGGGCCGUUGUUACUAGUGUUGCGACAAGUGGUGCUAAAUAUUUGGUGGAUCCAGCAAUUCGUGAGGGACAAUACUUCUUUUUUCCAAAUAAAGUAAUCACAGAUCUUGAGAAUGAAAAGAAGGAGCUGACAUCCGAAAGAGGUAGCAUGUUGUUUCGUGUUCAACAAGCCAAAGAGAGAACUGAAGUAAUUGAAGAACCUGUGGAUAAAUGGCUGAAAGAUGUGGAAAAUAUCCUGAAAGAGGUGGAGAAGCUGGAACAAAGGAUGGACACAAACAACAAUUGCUUUGAAGGAUGGUGUCCAACCUGGGGAAGAUAUCUUUUAUGCAAGCAACUGGCGAAAAAGAUAGAGGAAAUGGGGAAAUUCAAAGCCAAAAGCAACAUUCAGCCAUUUUCUCACCUUGCUCCUCUCCCAGGCAUUCAGUACCUGUCAUCUGAAAAUUUUACUUCCUUUGAAUCAACAAAAGUGGCUUACACUCAACUUUGGGAGGCACUCAAGAAUGAUGGCAUCUAUAUGAUAGGAGUGUAUGGGACUGGUGGAUCUGGGAAAACAACUCUUGUAACUGAAGUGGGUAAGAAAGCUGAGCAGUUGAAUUUGUUUGAUAAGGUUAUAUUGGUUACAGUGUCUCAAUCUCCCAACAUUAUAAACAUUCAACAAAAAAUGGCAGAUAUGUUAUCCUUGAAAUUGGAGGAACAAAAUGAAGAUGCAAGAGCACAACGUUUAUGGUUAUGUUUGAAACAAAAGAAGCGAAUUCUUAUAAUAAUAGAUGAUUUAUGGAAAAAGUUUGAAUUGAAGAAUAUAGGGAUUUGCUUGGACAAUGAUUCAAAGGGAAGAUGGAAGGUGCUUCUAACCACUCGUCGUCAAGGUGUAUGUAGUUCAAUGGAUUGCCAAAAAAGUAUUUAUUUGGAUCUCUUAUCCAAAGAUGAUUCUUGGACUUUGUUCCAGAAGCAUGCAAACAUUGAUGAUGACUUCUCUAAGUCAUUAAAUGAUGUGCCGCGGGAACUUUGUGAUGAAUGUAAUGGACUACCACUAGUAGCCGUAGCUGUGGGAUCUUCCUUAAAAGGAAAAUCUAAAGCUGAGUGGGAGAUGUCAUUAGACAGCUUGAGGCAUCCAGACACAAUCGAUGAUCAGGUGGAAGAAGAAGUGAGAGAUGCUUUUACUUGUCUUAAGUUAAGCUAUGAUUAUUUAGACGACAAAGCAAAGUUGCUUUUCUUGAUAUGCUCUAUGUUUCCGGAAGACUUUGAAAUUGAUAUAGAAGCUUUGAUCCGAUAUGCAGUUGGACUGGGUUUGGGAGGUCGAUUCUCAUUAGACUCGGCAAGGAGCUGGAUCCGAAGUGGUAUAAACAAACUUUCAGAUUCUUGUUUGUUGAUGCAUGUUGAGAAAAGGAAAAACCACGUGAAGAUGCAUGACAUGGUUCGUGAUGUAGCCUCAUGGAUAGCAAAAACAUCAGAGGAUCAUAAAAUUAUUGUAAAUAUUGACAAACCGCUCAGUACCUUGGCAGAGGAUUAUUGUGUAAGAGAGUAUUUUGCAGUAUGCUCGUGGUACCAUGGGAAUGAAAUUUCUCUUCAAUUGAAUGCUCCGAACCUUGAAAUUUUAUUGCUACACUUUAGGAUACGACCUUCCUUGAAUUUAUCACAUGCAACAUUUGAAGAAAUGAAAGGGCUCAAGGUUUUCUCUUUAAUCAAUGAUUUCUAUCUUAGAGCACCAUGGACAUUGCCUCAAUCACUCCAGUUGUUGUCAAAUCUUCAAACUCUGCGCUUGAACAAUUGGGAGUUAGGUGAUAUUUCUUUCAUAGCAAGCUUAACAAUACUUGAGGUUCUUGACUUGCAAGAUUGUAGCAUAAAUGAACUUCCUAACGAAAUUGGAAAACUGAAAAGAUUGAAGCUGCUAGAUUUGUCAAGAUGUCGUAUUGAAGAAAAAAUCUAUAAUGGAGCAAUAGGAAAAUGUUCACAACUAGAAGAGUUAUAUCUUGCAGAAUCUUGCUCUGACAAGUACAUUUGCCAGAGCAUUGUGGAUAUUUUUACUCUCCCAAAGCUGCAGAGGUUUGUAAUACAUACUCAUUGGUUCGAAAGCUGCAGUAGUUUUAUCACGGAGGGAAUGACUAGAGUUUUGGAACUAGUGGAUUUUAAUAUAUCCAACUUGAAGGCAUCUGGAAGGAAACUUCUACAAAAAGCUGAGACCGUUUUAUUGAGAAGCCUUCACGGAGGAUGUAAAAAUAUCACCCCAGAUAUGAUCAGAGGCAAGAAUGAUUGGAUUAGUCUCCAUCUCCUUGAUUGUGCAGAGGUAGAGUGCCUCUUUGAUAUAACGUCUGAUUCUGCAGAUGCGUUGAUUCCCAGUUUGGUCGAGUUACAGCUGCAAAGUUUGAUAAACUUGAAAGAAUUGUAUCAAGGUCCACCUCUGCCAGUGCUCUGCUUCUUUGAGAAAUUACAAAAAAUCCAUAUAUAUGAUUGCCCACUAUUGCAAAGGAUAUUUCCAUGGCAAUGUAACUUAAGAAAUCUCAAAAUCCUCAUAAUAGAAAAAUGCUCGUCAGUUGAAGUACUCUUCUCAAUAUCAGUUGCCCAAAGUCUGCAGCAGCUGGAAGAGUUUACUAUAGAACAUUGUGAUGAAUUGAAGCAUAUAAUUGCAGGUGGAAGAGAGGAUGGCUCUAAUACAAGCAGGGAAGUAGUUCCAGCUCUUGUGAUGCCCUGUUUGAAGAAAGUUUCGAUUGAUGAUUGUGUUAAGUUAGAGUUUAUAUUCCCAAUGUGUUGUGUUGAAGGACUUGCACAAUUGGAAGAGAUAAAUAUCAAUAGUUGCCAUGAGUUGAAAUAUGUAUUUGGGGAAUGUUAUCACUUUGAUCAUUCAUCUCACCAAUACAAUAACCAUAUCAUGCUUCCUCAUUUGGAUGAAAUCAUCCACUUGCCCUCAAAACUGCAAGAACUUUGUUUACAUGGUUUACCUCAACUGAACCUUAUAUCAUGGGUGGGUCUUACUCCCGGACAGAUUUUGAGAUUCCAAGGUCUUCGGCAAUUACUAUUGUUUCAUUGUGAAAACUUGAAAUCUCUGUUCUCCAUGGCAGCACAUAGAAGCUUACCAGAGUUGAUGUCCCUUCAUAUACGUGGCUGUCAAGAAUUGGAACAAAUCAUUGAAAAAAAUGAAGAACUUGAGCAGCACCUAUCCAAUGCUGAAGUGUUUUUUCCAAAGCUAACAGAUAUAGAGAUCGAAGGAUGCAACAAGUUGAAAAGCCUUUUCUCUGUCGCUAUGGUUAGAAUGCUUCCACAAUUGAGACGUCUUAGUAUAGAGAAGGCUACUCAACUAGAAGAGGUUUUUAGACAUGGCAGUGAAGACAGCACUAUCAAUGAAAUAGAAAUUGUGCUUCCAAACUUAACAGAGGUAGACCUGGAAAAUCUGCCGAGUUUUGUUGAUGUCUGCCAGGGUUUUAACUUACAGGCCCUAAAACUUAAACAACUGAAAAUAGAAGAAUGCCCCAAAGCUGCUUCGAGUUUGAGAGCAAUUCAGGUGACUCCUCUUCCCUGCAAACCACGAGUACUGACAUAA